GCACCCCACGCGUGCCCACACGGUGCACCUUGGGCGCGGGGGCCCAGGCAUGGGAAGGCGUUGUAGUCAUGGCAUCCCCCCAGAGGGGUGGGCUGCCGCAGCCCACUCCAUAAUGCCCACCUCUGGAGCCCAGUUCCAGCGGAUGGUCAUGACACACUGUGUGUGGACACGAUCCACUCACCGUCCCAGGUCCCUUGUGACCUAUGGCUUACCCUUGCCCGAGGCAGUAGGGCGCCUGGGCCGGCUAUGCCAAGGGGGCUUCGGCAGCGAAAUUGCUUGUGGAUGAAGGAGAGAGGGCCACUCCCCCACUGUCGCUGCGGGACGACGUGCCAGCCCCCGGCCAGCACUUUCUUGCUGAUGAGGAAGCUGGGUUUUGGUGCCGUAAAGUGAAUUACCUGGCUCCGCAGAACCCAGGACCGCCUGCAGGAACCGGGUUGGUCUGGGUGGCGUGACCCAUGUCUUGAGGUCAGGAGACUCCCCGAGGCCAGCAUGCCGUGGGACGCCAGGCCCGGCCGCAGCGCCAAUGGCGCGCCCGAGGGCGCAGGCGCGGCCCGCUUGCGGGUGCAGAAGCAGUGCCGGAAGUCGUCGUUCGCCUUCUACCAGGCGGUGCGAGACCUGCUGCCGGUGUGGCUGCUGGAGGACAUGCGUGCCAGCGAAGCCUUCCACUGGGAUGAGCGUGGGCGCGCCGCCGCCUAUUCGCCAUCGGAGGCCCUGCUCUACGCGCUGGUGCACGACCACCAGGCCUACGCUCACUACCUGCUGGCCACCUUCCCGCGGCGCGCGCUCGCCCCGCCCAGCGCGGGCUUCCGCUGCUGCGCGGCGCCCGGGCCGCACGUGGCGCUGGCGGUGCGCUACAACCGCGUGGGCAUCCUGCGCCGCAUCCUGCGGACUGUGCGCGACUUUCCAGUCGAGGAGCGUGCCCGCCUCCUGGACCGGCGAGGCUGUAGCCGCGUGGAGGGCGGUGGCACGUCGCUGCACGUGGCCUGUGAGCUCGCACGCCCCGAGUGCCUCUUCCUGCUGCUUGGCCAUGGCGCCUCCCCGUGCCUGCGAGACGGUGGUGGCUUUACACCGUUGGAGCUGCUGCUGCGCCAGCUGGGCCAGGAUGCCGGCCCAGCCCCUUCUGCCGCCGAGGCCUCCUCUGCCCCCGUUAACGCUGCCACCGCCAGCGCCGCGUCACCCGGGGAGGUGUGUCAGCGCCGCCUGCUGCUGCUUGACCUGCUGGCGCUGUAUACCCCAGGAGGGGCCACAGGCCCAGCUCGAUGUGAACUGCUGGGAGACCGGCUACGCUGGCAGCGGCUGCUGGGUGAGGACAAGUUCCAGUGGCUAGCAGGCCUCGCGCCGCCCUCCCUCUUUGUCCGUGCCAUGCAGGUGCUGGUCACCACCAUCUCACCUGGCCGCUUCCCCGAGGCCUUGGAUGAGCUGCCUCUGCCACCAUUUUUGCAGCCAUUGGACCUCACAGGCAAGGGCUAGACUUGGGGGCAUUCUGGUACUGUAUUUGGGGACAGAAGUAUUUUUGAGAGCGUUGUACCUGGCACUUUACAUAUAUGGCUCUCUGUACUGA